AAAUGGAUAUGGAUCAAUUAGAACGAUUGUUCCUUAGCGGAUCACGAUCUCCAUCGAUCGUAUCAAAUUAUUCAUCAAAUGUACCCUGGAAGUCAGAUGUUCCUUUUGAGUUAUCUGAAAUAUCUUGGAAAGAUGAUAAUGUGGAUAGUAAUACUCAUGGAGAGUCAGUAGCGACGAAUAAUCAUUCUAUUGAUCCAGAUGAGCAGUUACGAAUGGGUUUGUCUAUGAUACAAGAAGCUUACAAUCGCAAAUAUUUGGCAGCGUCCGCUAGUUUAUGGGGCGGUGAAAAAGGAAAGCAAAAUAAGAAUAAAAGUGAAAUCGCUCAACUUAAUCAAAAAAUUCGUGAAUUGAGUGAAGCUCUUAUCAAGGAAGAGGCAGAAAAGAAUAUGUUGUUAAUUUCCAAGAAUACAAUAACGGACCGAUAUAAUAAACUAUGGAAUGAGCAUCGAAAUUGCACAAAUAAGUCAGCAGGUGUGGGAACUAGUAAUAGUAUAAUUACAGUUAUUAAUAACGGUAAACAAGAAAUACGGAAUUAUCUAAAGACACUUGAACCUGAAGAGAGACAAGCUCAAUUAGCUGAAUUUCUUGAAUGUUGUCAUCCACAUGACAUUCACGCUCAACAAGCAAUAUUAGAACAUUAUGUAAAAACAACUUUUGACGUAGUUGGAACCCUUCCAAAUGAAUUAGCUACUAAAAUUCUUUCGAUGUUACCAGCCGAAAAUCUUUGUUGUGCUAGAGAAGUAUCAAGACGUUGGCGAGAAAUGGUUAAUGAACCAAAUCUUUGGAAAGCAAAAUGUUUAUCAGCUACUCAAGAUGAUCCUGUUCCUCUUUCAUAUCCUUCUGAUCCUAAACAAUGGGAAGAGGUUUAUCGUGGUCUUCAUUUUCGUGAACACAAUUGGGUUCUUGGUAAAGUGCAGUCAGUUAAAUUCCUCAAAGGACAUACUGCAAAUGUUACUGCAUUAAAAUUGAAAAAGACUACAUUAGUUACUGGAAGUUAUGAUGAGACUGUACGAAUUUGGGAUAUGAGGAAUGGUAGGUGUAUGAAAAUUUUACAGGGAAAAGCUGUAAGUUGUGUUGAUUUCAUACUAGAAAUGAGGAUGGUUGCUGCUGGAUUUAAUGAGCAAGGGGCACAUGUUUGGCACAUGGAUUCGGGUGAAGUACUACUGACACUGACAGCACAUAAUCGCGGUAUCAAGGGAUUAUCAAUGAAUAAAAAAUAUAUAGUUACAGCAGGUCAUGAUAUGUCUGUCAUUGUAUGGGAUUUAAAAGAAGGGACGAAAUUGCAUACUUUCAGAGGAUUUGGUAAUAUGCUUCUUGGAAUUCAGCUUUUGGGCGACAAUAAUCUGAUAGCUAUAAAUAGUGAUGGCUGGAUUCGUACAUAUGCACUUGAAGAAAAACUCCAAAUUCAUCAAUACAAAAUCCCAGAUAAUUCGCAUAUUCAGUGGUUUUCUGCAUCAGGAAUGGAUGUAACAUGUUCAACAACUCGUACAAUAUAUCAACUUCGAUGGCAAAACAAAUACAUUAAAACGGGUAAAAAGACAAAAGGUAUAGAUGAAAUAAUAAUUGAACCGGAAUUAUCUAUGGAUCCAUUGAUAAAACAGAAGGUUGCAUCAGAGGCAGAAAUAUUCUGUGGAACGACUGAUAAUACUAAAGAUAGAAUUAUUUUUAGUACAAGAUUUAAUAGCAGGACACAUAAUAAUAAAAGUAUAUACGUUUAUUCACAAGAUAAAGGGAUUAAUAGGUUUGGAGGGUUGUGGGAAAGUAUGGCUGAUCAAAUGACCACAAACAACAUGGGACCUUUAUGUAUGGAUGUUGAUCAUGAAAAAACCGUUAUUGGAUCAAUGAGUGGAUUGAUUUAUGUUUUAGGAUUUGUUGGAGAUAGAGAAUGA